UUUUUUAAACAGACUGUGAAUUAAUUGUCGUCUAAAUUUCUUUGUUUCCUCUUUGUUUUCUCAAUUCAUUAAUUCAAUUGAUUUUCACAUCUCAGCUUUCUCUCUGUAUCUCUCUGUGUGUGUCCAACAAUCAGUUAAUUAUGAAGCCCAAGCCCAAGAUGAUCAAUUCUGGAAAAGAGAAUGAGAUUACCGAUUUAUACUCUAGAUUUAAGAAACUUCAACGACAAUUAGAAUUUCUUCAAGUUCAAGAAGAAUAUAUCAAAGAUGAACAGAAGAAUUUGAAAAAGGAGUAUCUUCAUGCUCAAGAGGAGGUGAAACGAAUCCAAAGUGUCCCCUUGGUGAUUGGACAAUUUAUGGAAGCGAUUGAUGCUAAUUAUGGUAUUGUUGGUUCUACAACUGGUUCUAAUUACUAUGUUCGUAUAUUCAGUACACUUGAUCGGGAAUUACUCAAACCAGCGGCUUCGGUUGCCCUUCACAAACACAGCAAUGCCUUGGUUCUCAUUUUACCGCCUGAAGGCGAUUCAGCAAUCAACAUGUUAUUACCAGAGGAAAAGCCCGAUGUCAAUUAUACCGAUGUUGGAGGUUUAGAUGUUCAGAAACAAGAGAUUCGAGAGACUGUUGAAUUACCAUUAACUCAUUUCGAGUUAUAUAAACAGAUUGGAAUUGACCCUCCUCGUGGUGUACUUUUGUAUGGACCUCCAGGUUGUGGUAAGACAAUGUUGGCUAAAGCAGUUGCUCAUCACACCACCGCUGCUUUUAUCCGAGUUGUUGGCUCAGAAUUUGUUCAGAAAUAUCUUGGUGAAGGUCCUCGAAUGGUUCGUGAUGUCUUUAGAUUGGCAAGAGAAAACGCUCCAGCCAUUAUAUUUAUCGAUGAGAUCGAUGCAAUUGCAACCAGGAGGUUUGACGCUCAAACUGGUGCUGAUCGGGAGGUUCAGAGAAUCUUAUUAGAACUAUUGAAUCAAAUGGAUGGAUUUGAUCAGACAAUUAACGUAAAGGUGAUUAUGGCCACAAAUCGAGCAGAUACUCUUGAUCCGGCUUUACUUCGUCCUGGUCGAUUAGAUAGAAAGAUUGAAUUCCCAUUGCCCGAUCGUCGGCAAAAACGACUUGUCUUUCAAACCGUAACUGCGAAAAUGAAUUUGAGUCCAGAGGUUGAUCUUGAAGAUUACGCAGCUCGACCCGAUCGUAUAUCAGGUGCCGAUAUAAACUGUAUAUGCCAAGAAGCGGGGAUGCAUGCGAUUCGUGAGAAUCGUUAUAUUAUCGUUCCUAAAGAUUUCGAGAAAGGAUUUAAAAAUAACAGUAAAAAAGAUGAAACCGAACAAGAUUUUUACAAAUAGAUUAACAAUCGAUAAUCAAUCUUAUAUCCUAACACAAAUUACACAAAGGAAAACAACAUAUCUUAAAUAAACAAAAAGGAAUAAAAAAA